AUGACCAACACAGACAGCUCUCUGACCCCCAUUGCGGUCGUGGGCAUGUCCUGUCGUCUUCCGGGCGAGGUCCGUACGCUUGAUGACUUCUGGACUCUCAUAUCUCGAGGUCGGGAUGCUUGGGGUCCAAUCCCCUCGGAUCGCAUGUCUAGUGCAUCCUACUAUCACCCAGAUCCCCAGCGGAAGGGCUGCUUUAAUCCCAAGGGAGGCUACUUCCUCCAGGAAGACUUUUCCCAGUUUGACGCUCCAUUCUUUCAUAUCACGCAACAAGAAGCCAUUGCCAUGGAUCCCCAACAGCGAUUACUCCUCGAGUGUGCCUACGAAGCUCUGGAGAACGCCGGUUUCCCACAACAGACCAUGGCAGGCUCGCGGAUGGGAGUCUUCACGAGUCUUUGUUCAUCAGACUACCGUCGCGGCGCUUUUCGCGACCUUGACUCGGUUCCCAUUUUUGAUGCCACGGGAAAUCAGGAGUCUAUUCAGGCUGGUCGCCUUUCGCAUUUCUUUAACCUCCGUGGUCCAUGCAUGGCUAUUGAUACGGCCUGUUCGUCCAGUCUUUAUGCACUGCACCUGGCAGUGCAGAGUAUUCGUUCUGGCGAUGCGGAUUCCGCUCUGGUUGGGGGUGCUAGAUUGCGUUUGCAGCCAGAUGAGAUGGUUUCAAUGUCUAUGAUGGGCUUAUACAACGAGCAAGGCAAGACCUUCGCGUUCGAUGAUCGUGCCGUUUCGGGCUUUGCGUGCGGCGAGGGGGUGGGCUGUCUGGUCCUCAAGCCCUUGGACCAGGCUCUGAAAGACAACGAUCCGAUUUAUUCCGUCAUUAGGAACACUGGAGCGAAUCAUGAUGGGCAGACGGUUGGCCUGACAAACCCCAAUGGAGAGGCCCAAGAACAGCUCAUGCGAGAAGUCUACGCCCGCGCCAACAUCUCCCCGACUGAGACAGGAUUCGUUGAAGCGCACGGCACCGGAACCAAGGUUGGCGAUCCCAUCGAAGUCGGCGCCAUCAAUCGGGUGUUUGGGGAUGGCCGGACCAAGCGCACACCGCUAUACCUCGGCUCCGUCAAAUCAAACUUUGGACAUCUCGAGUAUGCCAGCGGCAUUGUGUCUGUGAUGAAGGCGUCCCUGAUGCUACACCGCGGGUUCAUUCUCCCCAAUGCUAACUUUAAGCGCGCUAACCCUGCCAUUCCUCUUGAUCAAUGGAAUAUCAAGGUGCCGACCAGUCUGCGCCCCUGGCCCCAGGGCAAGAAGUACAUCAGUAUCAACAAUUUCAGCUUUGGUGGCUCCAAUUGCCAUGUCGUACUAGAAAGGCCUCCUCGUUCACGCGGUCAGGCUCCCAUCUCCCCACACGAUGCGCCCCGGCUUUUUGUACUCAGCGGCUAUGAUGACGAGGCCGCAAAACGCAUUGCCAGAAACCUUGUCUUCUACUUGGAACAACACCCGGGCGUCUUCGAACGGCGCCUGGUGCACGACAUCGCAUACACCCUGGGAGAGCGGCGCUCUCACUUUCCCUGGCGCGUUGCAGUCACCGCUUCAUCUACCGCCGAACUCGUCGAGACUUUGAAUGGGCCGGCGAGUGUCCCUCAGCGCGUCAAGCUGGGGGCCAGCUCUUCCCCCGCCAUUGCCUUUGCGUAUACUGGACAGGGUGCACAAUGGCCCCGCAUGGGGGUGGAACUCACAGACACCCACCCUGCUUUUGCAGCCACCAUGGAGGAAUCAGCGCGUGCAUUGGAGGACCUGGGCGCGGAGUUUUCCCUGUUCGAAGAGUUGAAGCGUGAGGCAGCGGAGUCUCGCGUCAGUCAGCCUCAGAUAUCUCAAGUGGUAUGUACGGCUGUGCAGCUUGCCCUGACCGAUCUUCUGGCAUCCUGGGGCAUACAACCGAAUAUGGUGGUCGGCCACUCCAGUGGAGAGAUUGGGGCAGCAUAUGCGGCGGGUGCUAUUUCUGUGAGCGAGGCUAUUGCCCUGGCGUAUCAUCGGGGACGACUCGCGGCUCAAGUUCGAGUCCGAUUCCCAGACCUGAAUGGUUGCAUGAUGGCCGUUGGAGAGAGUGCUGAUGAGGUGCGAAAGACCAUAAAGCAACUUCAGCUUGGAGAGGACAUCACUGUCGCUUGUGAGAACUCUCCCCGGUCUACUACGGCAUCUGGGGAUGCCACUGCCAUGGAUCUUCUCGCGAAGGAUCUGCAAGCGCGGCAAAUCUUUCAUCGCAAGCUUCAUGUCGACGUUGCUUAUCACUCACCCCACAUGCAGCUGAUCGCCGAUGACUAUACCAGCGCCAUCCAGCAGGUUGCGCCAUCCACUAAGAAGGAGAAUGUCCAGUUCUACUCCUCGCUGUUAGGUAGAAAGAUCGAGCAGCCCGGGGCUUUGGGAGCAUCAUAUUGGGUUGAUAACCUGACACACCCGGUUCAGUUCUCCACGGCCCUGGGCCAGCUGUGCGCCGACUCCAGGCCCGACUUCAUAAUUGAGAUUGGGCCGCAUGCGGCGUUGCAGGGCCCGAUCAAGCAGAUUCUGCAGGGCAUUCAGAACAUGCAUACUCAGUAUUUCGCCUCACUUGUCCGCAACGAGCACGCCACCAAGGCCGCUCUACAGCUCGCGGGUCGCUUGUUCUUGGCCGGCCAGCAGUUGGAUUUCCGUGCAGUCAACCAAACUCACCAGGAUCAGUCAGUGCCAACGGUGUUACCAUCCCUCACGCCAUAUCCCUGGUCACAUCGCUCCUACUGGCGGGAAAGUCGCAUCGCCGUCAACCACCGACUGCCGCGCUUCCCCCGCCAUGAUCUGCUGGGACGACUGGAAGCGUCUGCCCGCGAGGAUGAGCAGCCCGUUUGGCGCAAUUCCUUCUCUCUGGAUAGCCUACCGUGGCUCCGUGGUCAUCGUAUGCAAUCCAUGGCUACUUUUCCAAUGGCGGGUUAUGUGAGUAUGGCCGUCGAGGCGGCAUCCCAACGAGCUCAGCUCAGAGGUAUUCUCCCGUCCCAGAUCGCCGGAUACCGGCUUCGCGAAUUACAUGCUUCGUCGGCGUUCACCCUGGAGGAGAACAUCGAGUACGAGACUCUGCUCUCUUUAAGCUCGUUCACGGAGGGAACCCGCUCCUACUCGAGCGAAUGGGAUGAGUUCCGUAUUGCCUCGUGGGUUGCUGGUCGGGGUUGGCGUGAGCAUUGCCGUGGUCUCAUCGGCAUCAGGCGCCAGGAGUUGUCCACCUCCAACCCCGUUAGCCAACGCCGGCCGUUUCAUGCCAGCCUGAAACGGCGUGAGAAGGCUAGGCAGGGCGACCAUCAGCCUUUGUUAUUGGAGACAUUCUACACUGAGCUAGAGCGUCGUGGAGCUGGAUACAGCGAUGCGUUCACUCUCAGUCCAGAGAGCGGGGUCACUGUCGAAGGAGCAGGCGUCGAGACCGGCAGAUGUGCGCGCGCAAAGCUCACAGUCCCCAACACUGCGCAGAUUAUGCCAUCGGGCCAUGAAACGCCGUUGAUUGUCUCUCCUGCGUUUCUCGAUCUGAGCUUCCAGUUGUCCUUUGUCGUCUUGGGGGCGGGCUAUGGCGCUCUUCCGUGCCUCUUCAUGCCGAGUUUCAUCCGGGAAAUCAAUAUCACAGCCAAUUUCCCCUCGCAACCAGGAGAAACAGUAGAGGCCCUAGUCAAUGGUCUGCCGGCAGAUACUUCCCGUCCCCGAGCAGUGGACCAUACCAUCGACGUAUGGUCAUCGUCUGCGUCUACAGAGCAGCCCGUGCUCACUAUCCACGGGUUGCGACUGACCCCUGUCAAUAGCGAUACGCUGAUUGACUCCAGCCCGUAUCCAUGGUGCUAUACUGUGCAAUGGGAGCCACUGUCGUCUGCGGGUGCCGCAAACGGCAUAGCUCAAAGUGCCUCAAAGAGUAAUGGUCAUGGCGAGACGAAUGGCAAUGACAUUGUGCAUACGAACGGCAAUGGCAUUGUGCAUACGAAUGGCAAUGACAUUGUGCAUACGAACGGCAAUGGCAUUGUGCAUGCGAACGGCAGCCACGACUCAUCUAAUGGAAGACGCCAUAUGUCACCAGAGGAUGAGACAACCAUCAUCAUCAUCACCGAGAAACAGAUAUAUGAUCCGCUUAUUGCUUCUCUUCUGAAAGCUAUUGAAGUCUUCGCUGGAUGCAGAGCCACGGUCGUCCCCCUAUCCCGCGUCCCAAUCUCACCCAAAUGUCUAUACAUCUGUUUAGCUGAGCUAGAUGCUCCAAUGCUGCAGUCACUGACUUCCGAAACCUUCAAGCUGGUUCAAGGACUCCUCGUUACCUGUUCCUACUGCCUCUGGGUAACCUCCGGAGCAUACAUGGAUGUUGAUCACCCCGAGUUGAACAUCAUUCAGGGUCUGCUGCGUUCUGUGCGUUCAGAAACAGGAAAUACAGCCGUCACCCUCGACCUGGAUCCCAGUUCUCGGCAAGACGUAGCAGGCCGGGCCCAUCUGAUUCUAGAUGCCUUCAGGGCGUCGACCAAAAUUGGCCAGGAGGCCACCAGUGACGAGGAAGCACGUAUGUCGGACUAUGAGUUCACCGAAGCCGGUGGGCGCCUAAUGGUUCCUCGCAUAGUAGAGCAUUCAGGACUGAACAAAGCCUUAUUCCAAGAGACACACCCAUCCGUUCCGUACGCGCAGGACUUCGAGCAGGGUGGCCGUCGACUGAAGAUUGCUGUCGGUACAUUGGGCGCCCUGGACUCCCUUUACUGGACAGAUGAUCUCGUCCAGCCGCUCGGGCCGGGCGAGAUUGAGAUCAAAGUCGCUUGCACAGGAGCGAAUUUCAAAGAUGUCGUGAUUACCAUGGGCCAGGUUGCCAGUCCUUACUUGGGCAUCGAGUGCAGUGGCACGGUGGCUCGCGUCGGUGACAAGGUCGACUCUCUCAAGCCUGGAGACCGCGUAUGUGCCAUGUCCCACGGCGCAUACAGCACCUACGCGCGGUGUCCGGCAACCAGCGCAGCUGUGAUCCCUGACUCAAUGAACUUUGAAACAGCAGCUUCACUCCCCGUCACCUACAGCACGGCUCAGUAUGGGCUUGUUGAGUUGGCUAAGAUAGAAGCCGGGGAAAGCAUCCUUAUCCAUGCAGCUGCGGGGGGCGUCGGUCAGGCCGCGAUCCAGCUGGCUCAGCUGAUUGGAGCCGAGAUCUACGCCACGGUAGGCAGUGAGGAGAAGAAGCAGAUGCUAAUAGAUCGGUACUGCAUUCCGGAAAGCCGCAUCUUUUAUAGUCGUGAUACUGAGUUCGGUCCCUGUGUCCGUGAAGCCACAGGCGGGCGCGGAGUGGAUGUGAUUUUGAACUCGCUGGCAGGCGAUUUUCUCCGCGAGACAUGGGACUGCUUGGCUCCCUUUGGACGAUUCAUUGAGAUUGGAAAGCGGGAUAUUACGUCCAAUACUCGGUUGGAGAUGGCCAAAUUUGAAUACAACUGCACGUUCUCCUCUCUGGACUUGACGCUCGUUGCGGAUCAGAGGGGCAAAGUUCUGAACCGUGUUUUGACGUCUGUCAUGAGAAUGUUCGCACAGGGAAGGCUGACGCCUGUAUAUCCGGUAACGACCGUAGGCAUCGCCGAGGUGGAAUCGGUGCUUCGAAAGUUACAGAGUGGAAAGACGACGGGCAAGGUCGUCGUGGACCAUCGGAUCAAUGGGAAGGUCAAGGCCACGCAUCCCCUGCCGCCCACCGAUCUUCUCGCAUCGGAUGCCACGUACAUUAUUGUCGGUGGCACCGGAGGCAUUGGCCAAUCGAUCACUCGGAGAAUGGUUCAACGCGGAGCUAGACAUAUUGUCCUGCUCUCUCGCAGUGGCAUCGUCACAGACGCAGUCCAAAAGGUCAUCAGCGAAGGCCAAACCCUGAAUGCAUCGAUCCACGUUAGAAGUUGUGACGUGUCCGAAGUCUCGCAGAUUAAAGCACUUAUUUCAGAGCUGCAAGAAGAACUACCUCCAGUCCGGGGUGUUAUUCAUGCAGCCAUGGUCCUCAAGGACGUUUUCAUGGAACAAAUGACCUUCUCAGACUGGGAAGCUGUGCUUCGUCCCAAGGUCGCAGCAGCCUGGAACCUCCACUAUGCUCUUCUCCAGCAACCACUGGACUUCUUCAUCAUGCUUUCCUCAGUUUCUGGCAUCAUCGGCAACCGCGGUCAAGCCGCCUACGCAGCCGGAAACUGUUUCCUGGAUGCUUUGGCACGCUACCGGCGCCAAAAGGGUCUAUCCGCGGUAUCUCUCGAUCUUGCCGCAGUAGGCGACGUCGGCGUGCUCUCCGACGACGCAGAAAGAAAAGCACAAGUGAUGAAGAACCUGGCAUCGGGUAACGCGAUGCAAGAAGUUGAAGUACUAGCCCUUAUUGAAUUUGCGAUGCAGGGCCAGGAACUCCCUGAACAAUGCAUCACCGGUGUGCAUUGGCCUUCCUCCUCCGCCACUCCGUACUAUGCUGCUGACGCCCGCUUUACCCAUCUUGUCGAGGCCGUGAAGCAGGAAGAAGGAGGAGCUGAUACGACAGCCCACGGCGGCUUGACCAAAUCCCUCUCCAUCACCCAGCAAGUCCGCCGUGCCACGAGCUUACAAGAAGCCCUCGAUGUUACAGCCCUCGGUCUGCGCGAAAAGUUGGGUGACAUUCUUAUGCUUCCCCGGGAAGUGGUGGAGGCGCAUGCGCAAACGACCCCAAUUGCGACCUUUGGGUUGGAUUCGUUGAAUGCCAUUGAGUUGAGGAACUGGAUUGGGAAGGAGCUGAAGGGUCAUUUGCAGGUUUUGGAGUUGUUGUCGGCGGGCAGUUUGGGCGAUUUAGCGCUGUUGGUGUUGAAGAAGUCCGGUUUGGAGGGCGCGUGGAAGGGAGAAAUUUCCAGCUGA